AUGUCGAGCAAUUCCAAGCUCGGCACCCCACUCAAAUCCUCUACUCCUGCUCCUGCUCCUCCUUCAUCGGCUCCUCCUCCCCCUCCACCACCAGUAAUACCAUCAACAUGGCUCACACCCUCCGAACAGCGGCUGUUCUUCACUGCUAUUUUCGGUUUAAUCGAAAUUUCGAAAUUGUGGGAUACAUUUUCACCAUUGCUACAUUUGGAUAUAACGCCAACAUGGUCGUCUAGCUUGAAGAUACAGGGUCCUUACUCGGUCAUAGGAUGGACAAUAGCUGAGAUUGCGGGGUUAUGGCUAGUGGGGAUGUUAAGGAUACCGAUGCUGUCGCCGUCGUAUAAGCAGUUGGUUAUGCUAGCUGGGUUGAGCGGGCUGGUCAAUUUGAUAUGCUGGUUGAUUGUGGAGCCCAGCGCCGCGUUGUUCACAAUCAACGUUGUUGGUCCUGCUGCUUUAGGAGGAGAGUGGUAUUGGAAUUGGUUAUAUUCCCUCAAAAGAUAUAGCGAGCCAUCCCAUUUGGAAGGUAUACAUAAGAUCCGACUGUUGCCUUAUAGCACCGCUACCCUCAAUCCCCUUUCUCUCUCUUACUGUAUCCCUCACGAUUCCCAAGAAUUCCUUCACAUCCCAAUCCUAUUCAACAACUCAAUACCAGAAGAAGUCACCUACUUCGUUCGAUCGCUCGAGACAGGUCAUGCCACGCUAGAGAAAGUCUUAGGCAGUCAGAUGAAACGAGCACCAACUCGACCGCCAAGAUUGCGCAUAACAGAUGGAGAUGACGAUUUGGAAGAUGGAGAUGCUGAAGAACCCGAGACAGAUCCAUUAUCAGCUUUGAUCCUUCGUUCAGAUCUCAAAGGAAAGAACACAAACAGUCUAGAAAUGGAAAUAGCCAAAUUACCUUCGGUCAAACCGGCCGAUUCGAUGGCUCUCGUUCCGCGGAAUCUAGCCUCUUCGCAGAAUGUCCUAUUCAUUACCGUAGAUAAACCAAGCUUGAUCACUUUGAAGAGCGUAACGGACAAAAGAGGAGAUAGAUUCCAUAUUACACCUCAUAAAGAGGCGAUCGUAAUUGAAUGUCCAGCCGGUGGACAAUUCAUCGAGGAAGAAAAACAGAACAAGUUGAUCUUUAAAGGAGAUAAAGCCAAGAUACCCGAACUGAGAUGUGUAGGAGAAGAAGAAACUGCCAAAUUCCAAGUGAGGGGUGUUGGACCACUGAAGGUUGGUUGGAAGAAAAGAUCUGGGAAUAAAGUUGAUACCGGGGUCAUAGAAGGUAUAGAAGAAGAUUUAGAACCUGUUGAUGAUCUUGCUUUAGUGCGAAGAGACAAAGUCUCCAAAACUCAUGUUGUUCCUCUGAGAGUAUCACACUCUCAACCUGGUACUUUCACAUUAUCGUUAACAUCCGUCACCGACGCUCUACACAACACGUAUAGUCCUUCUGGUCAUUCUGCUGAAAAGGUCUUCAACGUCAUUCCCCGCCCUUCGGUACGGUUCGAUUGUCCCUCGACUAUUCAACUGCUUCACAAUCAGAAAUCGAAUAUACCCGUACAAGUUGUAGUUGACGGAAAUUUGGAAAAAGACCUAGAAGUAACCUAUUCCUUUGAAGCCGUUGACGGAAAGAAGACGACUAGAAAAUUGGAGGUAUCGAAGAAAAGGGAAGAUAUAAGUGUAUCGGAACCUGGUACAUACACUCUCAUGGAUGUUGAGGGGCCAUGUGCAGGAGGCGUGAUGGAGCCUUCGAGCUGUACUGUGCAGAUGGUGCCGCUCCCUACGAUGGAUAUGAGCGUGACUACAUUGCAUGAAUGCGCGAUGGAUGUUGGUGCGACUGCCGCAUUUGAUUUCACGGGAUCACCACCUUUUAGAUUGGAUUAUACCGAACAGCGUAAAGGUGGAAGAGCUAGAACUCUAACAGAGACUUUCCACACCCAUCAUGGAUCUGUUGUUCUCCGUCCCGAACAUGAAGGGGAAUAUACCUAUACCUUUACAUCACUCAGCGAUAGGCGAUACAAAGGUGUCAAACUUGAUAAAUCACCUAUCAAGCAGACUGUACACCCAUUGGCCAACGUCGAUAUGACGGGUAGAAUAGGAGACACGAGGAGACAUACCCUUUAUGCUUGUUCAGGUGAUCAGGUUGACGUGGACAUCGAAGCGAGGGGUAUCGCACCUCUCAAAUUAGCUUAUGUCAAAUCAUGGUCGACCCGAUCUGAGAACGUCACUGUACCCAUCAACACUGGACGAUCUAAGAUAUCUGUACCUGUUCCUGAUGAGCUGUCAGCUAAGAGCGGCGCGAACGGUAAACUUACUAUUGCCUUGGUUUCGAUCGAAGAUGGCAAUGGGUGCGUCAGGAAACUCACUACACCUGCUAUUGAGGUUGAUAUCAGGAGACAGAAGCCUACUGCCAGAUUCGCCAAGAGCCAAAAGGUUACAAUCACUGAAGGCGAGGUAGCGAAAGCGCCAUUGAGAUUGACCGGAGAAGCACCUUGGGAUCUCACCUACUCCAUCAACGGCAAAGACCGCAAAAUUACCGUCCGAGAUCCCAACAACCAUCUCAGCUUAUCGGAGAAAGGAGUAUACAAGCUUGUCAAGAUCAAAGAUGCUCAUUGUGAGGGUGACAUCUCACCUAUCGACUCUACAUUCGAAAUCGACUUCAGACCCCGUCCCGUGGUCUCACUGCAACAGACACAGGGUAUAUCCCUCUCUUCGCCCAACUCAUUCAAGCACAAGAAUCUCUGUGCAGGACAGGAACAGCAGGUCGCCUUGAAAUUCACUGGCCAGGCGCCAUACGAACUCAACUACGCCUACACUUCCGAAGGGAGAGUAUCGAAACAUAAGCUCAAGAGCGCUCAGGAAACUGGAAUAUUACACUUAUCUAGUGAACCCGGAUAUCAUCGAUAUGAUUUCACAAGUAUCGGUGAUGGUAAUUACCCUAAUACCGACGUGAAGAUCUCGUUGGAACAUUCAGUUCAUUCUAGACCUUCUGUAUCAUUCAUCAAACAGAAUACGAAAGCAUUAUGUCUAGAUUCCAAAUUGGAUUCUUCAGAUGCUAAGAUACAACUUAAAGGAUCGGCCCCUUUCAAAUUACAUCUUUCAGUUAGGAAACCAGCUUCUACCUCAAUCAAGACCUUCAUUGUGGAGGAUAUAAGAGAUAGUGAAUGGAGAUUGAAUUUACCUCAAUAUGAAUUAAAGGAAAUUGGAAGACAUGAAAUUACAAUUAAUCGAUUAGAAGAUUCAUCAGGAUGUGAACAAGUGAUCAAUGACACGGAUGAGCUACGGACGAUAGUGGAAGUGGUUGAGAGUGCUCGAAUAGUUGCGGUCGAUGAGAAAGUGGAUCUUUGUGUGGGAGAUAGUUUGGAUUUCUUAUUACAAGGGAAAUCACCUUGGACAAUUGAAUACGAAUGGCUCAAUAAAAAACAUAAAGUCACUUCGUCAGCGUCUAGGUUUUCGAGGUUUGCUGAAGAGAAAGGUGUGUUCAAAGUGAGAUCAGUCGCAUUGAAAGAUAAUCAAUGUAAGAGACAAGUCGAAGGUAUGAAACGGACCGUUCAUGCCUUACCUAAAGCCAAGAUCGUAGAAGGUGAAGAUAGUUUGAGAGAGGGAGAUGAACCUGCAACUUUUGCAGUCCAUUUCACUGGUACUGCACCGUUCUCAUUUACGUAUACUAGAUCAGAACAGUAUGGAUCGAAAUCAGAAGUAGUCGAGACUCAGACGAUAACGGAUAUUUGGGAAAACACAUAUACGAUAUCAUCUUCCUUACCUGGAGAUUAUGCUGUAGUCGCCAUAUCAGAUAAGUUCUGUAGAUAUCCACCUAUCUCAAGAUCAAACAAGGAGAGAUAG